UCCGUGCUCCCCCCGCUCAAAACGCCAGCGGUGGCGGCGGAGCCCGGUUCUGUGCGUGCGGGCGGCGGCGCCUCCCGGAGCUCGGCGACAUGGAGUGCGCUGCGGCGGGAGCCGAGUUCAACAUCCUCCUCGCCACCGACUCCUACAAGGUUACACACUACAAGCAAUAUCCACCUAACACAAGCAAGGUAUAUUCCUACUUUGAAUGUCGUGAAAAGAAGACUGAAAAUUCCAAAUUAAAGAAACUGAAAUAUGAAGAAACAGUUUUUUAUGGCUUGCAGUACAUUCUGAAUAAAUAUUUAAAAGGUAAAGUGGUGACCAAAGAGAAAAUCAAGGAAGCCAAAGAAGUAUAUAGGGAGCAUUUUCAAGAUGAUGUCUUCAAUGAAAAGGGAUGGAACUAUAUUCUAGAGAAAUAUGAUGGCCAUCUUCCCAUAGAAAUAAAGGCUGUUCCUGAGGGCUCUGUAAUUCCCAGAGGAAAUGUUCUUUUCACAGUAGAAAACACAGAUCCAGAGUGCUACUGGCUCACAAAUUGGAUUGAGACAAUUCUUGUGCAGUCAUGGUACCCAAUCACAGUGGCUACAAACUCUAGAGAGCAGAAAAAGAUUUUAGCCAAAUAUUUGCUGGAGACUUCUGGCAGCUUGGAAGGACUGGAAUAUAAACUGCAUGACUUUGGCUACAGAGGAGUUUCUUCACAAGAGACUGCAGGAAUAGGAGCUUCAGCUCACUUGGUGAACUUCAAAGGAACAGACACUGUAGCAGGAAUUGCAUUAAUUAAAAAGUACUAUGGUACAAAAGAUCCAGUUCCAGGAUAUUCUGUUCCAGCUGCUGAACACAGUACCAUAACAGCUUGGGGAAAAGAUCAUGAAAAAGAUGCUUUUGAACACAUAGUAACACAGUUUUCUUCAGUGCCUGUAUCUGUGGUUAGUGACAGCUAUGACAUUUACAAUGCUUGUGAAAAAAUAUGGGGUGAUGACCUAAGGCAUAUAAUUGAAGCCCGAAGUCCAGAGGCACCACUUAUUAUUAGACCAGAUUCUGGGAAUCCCCUUGACACUGUUCUAAAGGUGUUGGAGAUCUUGGGGAAGAGGUUUCCCAUUACAGAGAAUUCAAAAGGCUAUAAGUUGUUGCCACCAUAUCUCAGAGUUAUUCAAGGGGAUGGUGUGGAUAUCAACACACUGCAAGAGAUUGUGGAGGGAAUGAAGAAGAAUAAAUGGAGUAUUGAGAAUAUUGCCUUUGGAUCUGGUGGAGCUUUGUUGCAGAAACUAACCAGAGACCUCUUAAACUGUUCCUUCAAAUGUAGUUACGUGGUGACCAACGGCCUUGGGAUAAAUGUCUUCAAAGAUCCUGUAGCCGAUCCCAACAAAAGGUCAAAGAAAGGACGGCUGUCGUUGCAUAGGACACCAGCUGGGGAGUAUGUGACACUGGAGGAAGGCAAAGGGGAUCUUGAAGAGUAUGGACAGGACCUGCUUCACACUGUAUUUAAGAAUGGAAAGGUAACGAAGUCAUAUUCAUUUGAUGAAGUCAGACAGAAUGCCAGGCUGAAGAACAGUGAAUUACAAUCAGCAUCUCACUGAGUUCCAUUCCAUGUCUGUGUAUGUGUGUGUAACUAGUUCGUACUGCAUAGCUACUGGUUUAUUGUACAGAUUUGUGUGUUCGUGUUUUAUGACAUUGUAGCCAAAUUAUUUGUUGGUUUAUGGACAUACUGCCCUAUCUUUUGCCAGUCUUUAGAAGAUGAAAUCAGGAAAUGGUACUUACCUUGUAAAACGUAUUUAAUGCUGAAGUGUGCUUUUUAGGGCCCUUUGCCAGUAGUGAUUCAAUCUGGUAUUGAUCUUUUCACAAAUGAGACAGAGCUGCGAAACUUUUUUAUAUAUAACAGAAUAUCACAAAAUGGAUUUACAUAAAAUUAUCAUGAUUGCUUUAUGUUUAUAUUUAACUUGUAUUUUUGUACAAACAAGAUUGUGUAAAAUAUAUUUAAAGUUUCAAUAAUUAAGUCUUUCCAACUUUUCAUAAUUUUUAUGAGCACAGACUUUCAAGAAAAUAUUCAGUGGGGGGGAAUCCAUUGCCUUUUGUCCAUUAAUCAGCAAAUAAAACAUGGCCUUAAAAGUUUGUUGUGACAUUGUUCCAUUUGACAACUAAAUCAGGACUCGUAUCUCCUUAAGAUCCCAUAGAGUUGCUGACCUCACCAUUUCUUGUAGUUGUCUGUAUUAGUAAAUCUGCAUUAAACAAAAUUACUGUUCUUUCUAGAAGGUUUAGGUAUUACUGACCUUGCUGGCACAGUAAGGUGUGUAAGUGAAAUGCCAAAUUUGAAAGGAUUCUCUACUGCAACUUAACUUGCCAAGUCUAUCCCACUUGGUAUAUGCACCUCAAUAUUUUAAGAGUAAAGUUUUUAAGAGAUCUCCUCUUCCACUAUAGAAUAUAUGUGUAAAAUACUGAGAUACGGAAGCGGUGUAUUUUAAAAUAAUUACACUUCUGGGUUUAUUUUUCAUAUACUGUAAGUGACAUGAAUUUAAAGCAAAAUACUGGACUGGGUAGUGCACUUUUUUACUUUUUUGUAUUUUUUUCAUUGAUUUGCCUUUUGUCAGACUGGAUGUUAAAUUGUAAAAAUGUUUAACUAUUUUUGUUAACAACUUUAAUAAAACUAUGCUAGCCAAACUCCUACAUGAAUGGCAGACCUGUUUCCCCUUCUCGCCCCAUCUGUUUGGGGUGAGGAGGGGCUUUUAUUUUGCAGAGGGUAACUGUAAAACAAUGUGUUUGAGAGAUACUUUUGAACUGUCUGCACUUGAUUGUAUUUGCUCUCUGCAUAUGCUUGAUAUAAGUAUCUGCUGGAAAAUGAAACUGUUGAGGAUUUUAUUUGAGAAGCUAUGUAGUAACCUCUGAAAUAUGUGAUAGUACUGUAGGAUGGCUCUCACUAGAAAAGUACCUCCCUUAAAGACAAAAAUACAACAGCAAAAGCAAACAGUUCCUGUUCUGCUGGUGAUCAGCUAUCAGCCAAUUGCUUAAUAUACUGAUGUAAUUAUUGCUUCUAAUUAGUAGAUGAUGUUACUGGAAAAUGUUAAGGCCUAAGAUAAUUUAAGCCUACAAAAUUUUAUAAAACAUGCUUUUAAAGGAAGAUUGAAAAGCCAUACUUCAUUGUUCUUACUCUCUCACCAAAAAGGGCCACAUCAAGGCAUCCAUAAUAUUUCCAGGGUUUGUGGUUAAGAUGUUUAUGCCCAGUCUCAAUAGUUCUUGUUAAUAAAAACCUGUUUUUCACUUGUAGUGUAUGUAAUUAUACAUUUAAGUGAUGUAUUGUUUCAAGAAUAGUGUUUUAGUAAAACUCUAAAUGCUGACCUUUCACACUGAGGAACUGCCUUCCCUUAGCUAUUAAUUAUAUUGUUUGGUUUUGGCCCAGAAAGCUUUUGAAUCUGGCCUUAGGAUCAGUAGCAGGUAAAUAGUACAGAGCCUAUUUCACUCCUCCACAUGUGUACUAGGGAAUUUUAUGAUGUAUGGUUUAAAAAACAAUAAAGUAAAUGCUGCUUUCAUUCUGUACCAAUAAAAAUUUUGAUAACUAUUGACUACCCAUAACUGAUAUUUUUGUACUUGAGAACUGAGGAUAUACUGUGGAAGCACUGUCUUCAUGUGUACCAUGAAAUACAUUGUAAUUGUUCAGUAUUGUCUAAAACUUUUCAACUUAUUAGUUGGAAACUCAAAGCAAAUUCUCUACUUGUGCAUGUCACUUUCAGAAAGUUGUAAUGUCACUCAUUUUAUUAAAUGUUAAUAACUUUAAAAGGGGAGGGGGGG